AGACAGAUAUAUUUGAAAUACAGAAAAAUAUUAUUCCAAUACUUACUCUAUAAUCCAUCAAGUCAUCCAUCCAUUUUCCAAAUCGCUUAUCCUACUCGGUCGCGGGGGGGUCCGGAGCCUAUCCCAGAAGCAAUGGGCACGAGGCAGGGAACAACCCAGGAAGGGGGGCCAACCCAUCGCAAGACACACUCACACACCAUUCACUCACAUGCACAUCUAUGGGCAACUUUAGCAAGUCCAAUUAGCCUCAGCAUGUUUUUGGACUGUGGGGGGAAACCUGAGUACCCAGAGGAAACCCCACGACGACAUGGGGAGAACAUGCAAACUCCACACAUGUGACCCAGGCAGAGAUUCGAACCCAGGUCCCAGAGGUGUGAGGCGACAGUGCUAACCACUGCACCACCAUGUCGCCCUCACAAUGAAUCUUUUAGAUGAAAUAUCCGGAACUAUUCGCCCAUCGCUAAUACCCACGGUGUGUCUUGACCAUGCGCGAAGUGCACCAACAUGUCAGAUAACGAUCUUUGCUUCCAGUGGGCGGGACGGUGUGACGUAAAUUGCCUUUUUUGUUCACGUGGUUAAAGAACGCAGAAUUUACGUCACAAUCACCAUGGUAACAGAGACGCUUAUAUAUAGUGCGGGGCGGGAGAUCAUGCUCAUUUCGUCUUGAGUAAGAGCAUGGGAGUCUUCAGGUUUGCGUGUGCAACUGGCGUGGUGGCUGCUGCCGCAGGGACAGCGUAUCUCUACCGGCGGUUCAGGAGAACGCCAGAGCAGGGGGAAGUGAACAUGGCCACUACAUUACAGGAGGAAACUCUUAUGGUGGCAAAUGACUAUAUGGAUUUCUGCAUUGGAAUCAAGAAGGCACCUCCCAGCGAAGCGGCGAAAGCCAUGCGAUACCUGGGGAAGGAUGUUGAGAAAAUAUAUGGGUUCAGACUGCGCCCUCUUGUGCAGUUUUUCUUACACAGCAGUGGCUUUAACACCUGGUCCAAUCUCAGGAGUGUGAUGAUGGAGGUGGUUGGAAGGGAAAGGAUGAGCUGGGGCCAAAUUGUCAGCCUCUUUGCCUUCACGGGAAUACUGGCCGUCCAGUUGUCUACUGGCGAAGAAGAUGUUGCCUGCAGUAGACGGCUGGCGGAGAUUUUGACGGAAGUACUAAUGACAGAAAAAGAAGAAUGGAUGGUUCAGAAUGGAGGCUGGAGGGGGUUCAUCGAGUAUGUUAAAAAAAUCAGACCAGAAUAUCCAGUGUCUCCCAUGAAGACAGCUUUCCUCAUAGCUACGAAUCUAGCAAUUGCAGGGAUUGCCUUUCUCCUUGUCAAAUAUCUGCUAAAAAAAACCCUGCCAGACUUCUUCCAGUCUUCAUUCAUGAUCUUCAAGAAACUGCCAGGAACAUCAAUUUGCCAGACGGGAUAUUUGACUUGAAACGUGCAUUAUCUGUCCUGGAUUGUUACACUGAAUAAAACUUGUAUUAUCCAAAAAAGUCUAAAACUACCUUGAUGGUUCAUUUCUGUGAAUGUUUCUAUAAAAGAAUAUGCCAUUCAUUAGAUUCUCAGAUGUUUUUUCUUUAUUAACACUUUUGAAAAAUAUGACUCCUGAGAAAUGGACUUUCCCCAGCCAAAUUGGGCUACAUUGUUCAUAGUUUUGUUAUGAGGAAAAAUGUAUUUAAAAGAAAAAGCAUUACUAAUAAAUAUAAAUUAUCAUUCACAUGACGCUUGCUGAUGAUCAAUUAAUCAAGUGCAUUUGAUUUGCAGUGCCUGGCAAAAUAGCAGUUAGGGUGUACUUAAUUUUUCACACAUGGCUUCUGCAGUUUGGCUUAGUUUUUGUUCAAUAAAUCAUGACACGGUGUAAUAUGUUAUGUGUUGUUGUUCAUCUGAGGUUAUAUUUACCGAAUUUUAAGACCACAUGAUUUCUUAUUAUGUUCUGAUAUGUGAAACCUAACAGUUGAAAGUGGGUGUACUUUCAUUUUCAUAUAACUGAGCCUGGCAAAUCCACCAUUAUAAUAGCAAUUGGCCAAGGUAAAAACACACCUGGCUCUUAAAUGAAAUGGGAGAUCACACUUUGAUUGGUUAAUGGCAUGUUACACCCCAAACACACCCAUGACUAAUUACAAGACUUAGUACAACCCUUUUGGACCAUGCACCUGGCAUGUGCAUCAGGCCAUGUGCAUCUGUUGUGACCAUGUAUCGGUAAAAUAGGGUCCUCAGUAUAUUUUUAAUGAGGGAAACCUUUAUACAGUAGGUGUGUUUUGGGCUUCACCCUCCUGUUAGAACCUAGUUAUGUCUGAACCACAUCAGGCAGACUGAAUAAACCUAAGAGACUUGAUCGGAGAGAAGUGAAGUUUUAUGUACAUAUAAAAUAUAGAUUGGCCUAUCAGUUGGACACACAGCACCCGAACUUGAACAUAUCUUCAUUAUACACUUACUUUAUCAAAAAACUGGGGAUAGCCUUUAAAGGAGAAGGCAAAAUAAUCCUUUAUGACACAGGCAUACCCUUUGUUCUAAAAAUGAAAUAUAAACGCAAUGAUCUGUGACAUAAGAGUUGUGAGUUUAAUUAACAGUUAAAACUAUGGCAGUAGUGAAACCUCAUUUAUUUUGUUAAUGUACCAAGUAGGGUCUGUCUUGUCCUGGGUCAGGCCAGCUGCAGUUUUCUUGUCCUUAGC